AUGGCUAUCAUUUCAUGGUUCUUUUGCAUUUGGAUUUGCGCUAGUUCACUGGCCUGGGGGUAUCCAACUGAAGGAGAUUAUUCAUUCCCAGAAGCAUGUCAAGCCUCAACGCCAUCAGACCCCCUUGACGGCUGUCCAGAGAGCACACUCCUCGUCUCCGCCACCCAUGAACAGGCACAUUUCAGCACUAUCCAGGGUUCCAUUGACUCCCUCCCGCACGAUGAUACCAGCCAAACAAUCCUCAUCCUCUCGGGAACCUACACCGAACAACUAAAUAUCACCCGGCCAGGGCCUCUGAUACUGCUCGGUGAAUCCAACAGCCCACAUAAUGCCUCAAUGAACUCUGUUCACGUCCAGUGGGCUGCAGCAACCGAGCAAGGAAUCUACACCGACAAUGUCUACACCAGCGUUCUCAUCGUUGCGCCGACCCUCAACGCAAGCCUCACAGGGUCCGGGCCCGAGGGCCUCCCCGUUCCAGACGGUACGCCCUUCGGGUGCAGCGACUUCCGGACGUACAACAUUGAUUUCUCGAACGUCUACGCCGAACGAUCGGCCGGUCCAGCACAUGCGCUGAGCUUCUCUCGCGCGAACGGCGGGUUUUAUUACUCCGGGUUCUACAGUUACCAGGACACGGUUUUCGUUGGCAAACUGGGGAAUGCUUAUUUCCACUCCAGCAUCGUGGCCGGGCAGACUGAUUUCCUGUACGGGUUUGGCACUGCAUGGUUCGAAAGAUGUGAUUUGGUUCUGCAGGGUUGUGGGGGCGGCAUCACGGCCUGGAAGGGGACGAAUACGACGUAUGUCAAUAAAUUCGGGGUGUAUGUGCAUGAUUCUAUCAUCAAGGCUGUGAAUGCCUCUGUUGCGGUGGAGCAAGAGGGACGUGGGUACGUACUUUGGCAGGCGCCCAUUACAGGGCAGACGCUCAUGGGAGAGUAUGAGAAUCUUGGGCCUGGAUGGGAUGUUGCAGCGCGGCAGGAGUACAACUAUAGUGUGCUGUUAGAUGCAGAAACUUGGGAUGGGUAUAACUCGCCGGCAAAAGUGUUCCUAACCGAGGAUGGUAGGCCAGGCAAUGUUGACUGGAUUGAUCAACGGAUCUGGUGGUGGUAG